AUGGACGACGCCCAUGCCCACCCCCAAUCACCCGUGACCACCCUACACGUCCGCUCACGGUCAAUACCAUCGUCUUUCCACGAGUAUCCUUCUAGUCAUACAACACCCAAGUCUGCACCUCACACUCGACAGCAGAGACUGCUCCAGACUCGUCACGCGAAGUUCUCGGCACAGAGCCUGUCAGUGAAUGGCAUCAGCGUCCCAUUUCCUUCCCUAAACCGCUCAUCCGAGAACGACUCUCCGUAUUUUCCAUCACCGAGGUUUAAUCGACGAGAAGAGAAUGGCAGUGACUUGAACAAGGCCGAGAAGUUGAGCAGUGCCUCGACGGAAUCUGCCAUACUGGCCGAGAUCUCGAAUGCGAAUACUUGCCGGAUUCGAGGUUUGAAGAAACGGGCUGCUCUACCAAUCUUCCAGGAUUCCCCAGAGAAGACUACGAUCCGUGACACAGGAGCCAAUACACCAUCAGUCUACCACGACGCAUACAGUGACUUACACCCUCCCUCAGGCCCCGAUUCUUUGCGAGAAAGCCCUGUCAAUAUGGGCCUUAGAGAGGUCUCGGUAAACCUUCAGCGGUCUUCACCUCGCAAGGAUUCGCCAUAUUAUCGCCAAGUGCGUUCGGGGUCACAUCGUAAGGCUUCUCAGACGAAGCCGAGAUUCAAUUCAGAAGAAUACAUAGAGCACAUCGAAAAUGAGUUACAGAUGGUCAAAGACGCCAUGUAUUCACCUACCACUCAUAUGCCCUGGAAAGAGAAGCUCCGAAAAGCGAAGGAAGAGAAUGAACGUCUGAAGAAGGAGAUGGAAGCCAUCAGGGCUUCUUUCGAAUUUGAACUCCAUGAAACAGUCGAAAGAUCGACGGAGAUGGAGCUCAAAUUGAAGCGCAGGAUUAAGGAUCUAGAAGAUGAGGUCGAACUUAAGAAGUCGAUGAUCCACGAUCUAGAAUGCGAUCGCGAAGAAAAGAGGUCUGACCAAAACGCCUUGGAAGUUCUAAAGGCGAAGAUUGAGAAGCUGGAGGAAGAACGGUCAAGCCUGGAGACAACAAAUCGCGAUAUGACAAAACGCAAUGAGGUUUUGACCCAGCUUCUGGCCUUAUCGCCGACAAAGGCUCAACCCUCCAGCGGCAUACCCACUCCUAGACGAAAAAGUGGCCGUCCUAUGUCACUCGUCAUCCCAAGAUUGCCCACAUCACCAGUCCUCCCGACAUUCCAGAGCCGACCCCAGUCAAUUGUUGCGUCUCCGGCACUCGCGGCCUCUGACUACUUUGCGGCGCAUCCCCCGUCGUCGCCGUUGUCGGCAAGUCCAUUCGACGCCACUGCUCGCUCCUUGGACGCUGUCGAUGAUAGGCUCUCGAUUGACUCUGUGUUGGAAGAAACCGAGCUACAAGAUGCGCACGGCAUUGAGUCGGGACGGGCAACACUUGUCUCUAGCUCUUCAAAUAGCCCUGAUAUGAUGGGUGGGCAUGUUCGUACGCAAAGUCGGUCGCAGACAGUCCUGAGACAUCCUUCAAAGAGGCGGCCUCGGAAAUUCAUGCCUGGAUCAACACAGCUAAAGCCAUUGCUUUUGCCAACAUUCACGGCCGAAAGUGGUAACCUUCCUUCAACCACACCCGUCACGUCACCCACUCGAGGACUCCCCAUUCUCCCUAGCUCUGAGACAAGACGAUUUGAAGAAACUCCAUUUACGCAUGCAGUUCUUGGAGACCGCCUCGAGACUCCCUUUCCGAGUUCAGACAAUUUUCUUGAUCGUCUCGGAACAGAUUAUCAGAGCUUGGACGAGGUUUUCGCCAGUGAUGAGCAAGCCUUCCAACCGGAGGUUCUCCAAGAGCCUCUCGAAGGACUUUCCUUUUCAGGCAACACGGCUCAGUAUCAAUGUCCACAGCAGGCAGGCGAGAUUGAGUCGACCAUGGAGCCUUGUUCUAGUCCACAAAUUCGCUCCUGGGUUUCGAAGACAAUAUCUUCUCUGCCUGGAGAUGUGGCGCAUAAUCCACAUCACACCACCGUUGGUAUGACUGAGGGAGAAGAUGAAGACGCCCCUGAUGUUUCUGGAAACAGUAAAGUCUUUAAUCGGCGAUAUACUCGGUCAGACUUGGAGAGUUUAGAUGCAUCUCAUUUGCGAGGUAACGUUGACAUUCCUCGUCCCUUAUUUUCAGACCAUCGAACCCCCUGCGGAGGGAAUUCAUCCCCCUCCAGAGGUUACCCUGACUUGCCACUCAAUCCUCGAAAACGGAGGAAAACAAGCUCAAUAUGCGAGUCAGAUGACUCGAAAGAUGACGCUAUUGAUCAUGAAUACCGCAAUGGUCAGAUGUGUCGACCCAGUCGCCUUGGAGUCGUCACAUCUGGCUCUAUCGCCGAGCAGAACACCCGGAAGUCGAUGAACGAGUGCCCUUCUCUUCCAAAGAAACAAGCCACCGCCCCAACGCGCACUCCUCUUGAAAUGUUACAGCAUCGUGGCAUAAGUUCCAAGCCUCUAGCGACCUUGACGAUCCAAACGGUUUAUGCAACCCUAUCAAGGUAUACGACGUACAUUCAAGGCUUCAAACGAGAUCCACUGUCUCUGGCACGGCGGGUCAUAGCAAAUGCCUGGCGGUCAAACUGGGCAAUGUUCGGGAAACUAAGCUGGUGGGUACUUGGAUUAUUCAUUGGCUACCAGCGACCAAAGACCGAUCACGAAGACUGGGACUGGGCAAAGUACGACGGUGAGAGUAUUGCUGAUCAGUGCUGUCUUCCGGAUCCUGAUCGGUCUCUCACUCAACCCUUCUGUCGAUCCAUAAGCGAGGCUGGUCCGCCACGCUCUGGUGGCGAGAUCGAGGAAUCAGAAAACCAAGCACAAACAUCUCCUUCAUCAACCUCUGCAGUCAACCGUACCCCUCCAGUGAACGGGCCACAAAAUGGCUGGGGCCGAUCAUUGUAUCUCUGGGGCAAGUUCAGCGUAGCAAUUAUGCUUGCUGUGGGGGGCGCCAUUGUCAAAGGACCAGCUGAGAUGUUGCGCGACGCUGACGAUCGAAGGAAGUCUCGGAGCAACAGCCUUACUGAAAAUGGAGCUGCUAGCUGCCAACCUCGCCGAGCCGAAUACAGCAAAGCAAAUAGAGCUGCCGACCACCGCAAAGACGUUGGCUUACAGCAUCACCCUAGUCCGUCGAGGGUGGAUGAGACUCCAGAUGUCGCUCGCAAAGCUCGAAGUUUCAGCUCUCCGGCGAUUUCACCGAUGCAUAUGCGUACAGCGUGUGGUGCCAAUGGAAAUAUAGAGCAUCGAAACCUAUCGACAGUGUCGCUACCCUCGCCCAACGAAUCUCUAUUUGGAAAGGAUGUGAGUUGGUGGGGUGAAGACACUUUGAAACCUGCUAGAAGCGAUCGCAAAGGCUUGGACUCGGUCUUCCAAGCACCAGACUAUGUCAAAUCUAUGCCCGACGAGCCUGUCACUCCAUCCGCUGAGCAUGAGCACAUUGAAGGAGAAGCGACGGAUGGCGAGCAGAGCGCAGUCAAUAUUCCAAAGCAACACUAG